AGUUGUCUUUGUUUGAAAACUACAAAACAUGAGGAAAUUUCUAAUAGUUAUUAGUCUUGCAGCUGUUAUUGCCGCUAUAUCGGCUACCGAUUAUUGCUCCAGUACACUUUGCAUAAUAGGUCCACAUAUAGCCUGUGGACAUAAUGGACAAUUUUCUUCUAAUUGCCCCCACGAUGUUGCCAUGGUUCCCAUGACAGAUUCUUUGAAACAAUUGAUUGUUGAUGGUCACAAUGCGAAACGUAAUUUCAUUGCUGGUGGUGGUGAUGUUAAUCACAAACCAGCUUGUCGCAUGGCCACCAUGCAAUGGGAUGAUGAAUUAGCUUAUUUGGCCAGUUUGAAUGUGAAACAAUGUGAUAUGAAACAUGACACCUGUCGCAACACUGACCAAUUCCGAUUUGCAGGACAAAAUAUUGCCUGGAUCCCUUUCCGUGGUCCCAUUGAUAACGAGGCAAGAUUUAACGAAGCCAUUGAAUUAUGGUACUCUGAAGUGGCUAAUUCUAAACAAGAAUAUAUCGAUUCAUUCCCAGUGGAACAAUUAUAUUCAAUUGGCCACUUCACUGCUAUGAUGACUGAUCGUAACAUACGUGUGGGAUGCGCAGCCACCACAUAUUAUACUUCUUCUGAAAGUAUUUUCAAAACAUUCUUGGUGGCUUGCAACUAUGCUUCUGGUAAUCUGCCAAAUGUCCCUAUAUAUGUUAAAUGUGAUAGACCUGCUAAAGAAUGUUCAACUGGCAAUAAUCCAUCUUAUCCUAACUUGUGUUCCGUCAAUGAACAUUUUGAUGCUAAUUAUGGUUAUAAUUAAUUUUGUGUAAAAUUAUUUUUUUAAUUAAAGUUGUUUGUAAAAUGU